AGUCGUCGCCGUUCGACUACCCGGCAGCGUUCAGUUCUCGUUUGACUCUUGGCGCUGCACGUCAGACCUCCGCGCGCGUGCUCGUAACGUAGUAGGCAAUAGUAAACGACGACGACGACAAUAAUAAUAAUUAACUUUUUUAUUUAACAGUGCCGGCUAUACCCGUAUAGUUAAUAAUAAUUAUUAUUUUUUUUUUUAAUCGCGUAUUAAUUACAGUACCUACUGGUACACUCGACGAUAUUUUUAUACGUUUCACGUUUAUAUAUUUUAAAUAGUUAAAUUACUUUUUAUCGAUUGUUCACACACUCACUUUGUACUCCUAUUCUAUUUUUCGAUGUGAUGACACCGAAUUUUUGGAUACCAUACCAUCGACCGUCGGUGGAUCUGACAAAUGUACGAGAACAUCAAACAUAACCGUCGGCAAUGUUAAAGUGGACCGUGGCCGGACAGAGGGGCGGGGGAACGGCGUGGAGACAGACGGCCGUGGUAGACGAGUCACCGCAGUGUUUUUCGGAAAAGCCACGGCGAAGACGACCGUCUAGGAUGUCUGGAAAACACGACAAAGAAAACGCCGAAUGCCUGGACGUGAUGACACCGACAUCGAAGACGUGUCGCCGACGACGCAGAGAAAGCUUGAGAGACGUAAGCAACCACAACAGCCCGGCGGCGGCAGUGUUGCAAAUGUCGCCGGGCAGCAGACGAACAAAAAGUCCCUGCACGGAAGUCCAUUGGAUGCCUGUGCAAAAAAGACGAUCCGGCGACGAUUUAUGUUGGACGGACGAAAAAGUGAAACGGAAAAAGCCGUGUACGGCUGACCACGUGAUCUCAACGGCGUUCGCGGCCGUCGCGACGUUCGCCGCCUCCUCCGCGGCAACAACGGCGCCGGCGGAAAUCGCCUGUUCCGUUACCGCCGCCGUCACGUCCCCGGCCGACGAACAGCUGUGCGUGUCCAUGUCCCCGGCCGAAGAACCGGUUCAGCUGUCGCACAAACGUUUGCCCGCUCUGCCGACGGUUCGGUCGCGCAGCCCCGGCGACCUGCGCGCGUCCAGGCUGAUCGAUCGGUACGUGGAUCAGAUCCGCAUGGAAGACGUGACGUUCGGCCGCGGCAACCGCGAUCGGCUCAGCAUCGUUUCGCCGCUGGCCAAGCGACUGGCCGACAUCAGGUUGCGACGAUCUCCCGGCCAGACGGCGACGCCGACGACGACGGCGACGGAGGCCUGCAAACGAAAACGGUCGUUGUCCGACAGCGAAGACGAUUGGCCGGCGACGCGCACGCCGAUCGCCGGCGGCAACAAACGGCCCACCGCCGCGUGGUGGUGGCAGUGCUCGGGCGGCGGCGGAGGUCUCACCCUGCCCGACGGCCUGCCCAGUCCGUUCCACUCGACGCUCGACCGUCGCCGCGUCGGCGGGCCACUUCACCAGCGGCGGACCGGCACGCCCAGCCCCAUAACGCCGCUCCGCCGGCAGUCGGCCGCCGACGAUUCGGACGACUAUUGGAAGACGCCCGUCGGCCCGUCGCUGGCCACCGGCGUCCGCGCCGACCGGCUGCUGUCCACCACGUCGUCCACGACCGUCGACGACGAGAUCAUCUGCUGCAGCGACCCGCGCAGCCCGGCCGUGCUGGACGAAACGUUCACGCUCAAGUCCCGCAGGUGUCUGUCGUUCGUCUCUCCGCCGCCGUCCGACUCGCCGGCCAAAAAGCGGAACCGGAAGUCACUGAAAAAACCGUCUUCUGCCGCCGCCGACAAAGCUUCCGGCCUAGAGGUAUCCAUUGAAUUGAAAGACUCAACUCACUUAACUGUAUUACUUAAAAGAGGCAGAAAUCUGGUAUGUGCAGAUGGUGAACCGCCAAACACUUAUAUAAAGGUGUACUUAGUACCCGGUAAAGGAACUUGCCACAAGACCCGAGUACGGCACAAUUCUACCAACCCUCGUUUCGACGAAUCUUUUUCCGUACCACUCUCCGAGGAAGAUCAAGAUAAAAGAAUAUUAAUAUCCGCUUGGCAUCGAGACAGAAUGAAAAGAAGGAGCGAAUUCUUGGGCUACAUGUCGUUUGCAGUGAAAAACGUACUCAAAAAAGAAAUAAACGGUACGUUCAAACUCGUACCACAGAGUCCCGGGCGAAUGCCGCCGCAUUCGACGCCGGCUCAUCGACCGCAAGACCUGACCGUGGUUAAAACCGUACACUGCAGUACCGAUGACGAUGAAGAAGACAUCAUGAUUGAUGACGAAACUACACCCAGUAACCAUUCGGUGUCCGUCAAGGUGAAAUGUAGUCAGAAGCCAAAAAAAGACACACUGACCACUAAAACCGGCAACGAAGAAAAUAAAUUCUUGCAAUACCUCGAGUUGGAUCCUCCGCUGUCGUCCAAUAAAGAUGGUAAAAGCGGCAGAACUCCGUUCACGAUUACCAAACGGUUGUCGAAACCCUCAGGAUCCAGUUUUGGAUUUUCCAUAGCGUGGACACACCCCCCGAGGGUGGAAAGAGUGGAAUGCGGUUUACCUGCAGACCAAGCGGAUCUGAAACCCGGAGAUUAUGUAGUAUUUAUUAAUAAAACAAACGUAGUGAUGAUGGCUGAAGAUGACGUCAUGGAAUUGAUUAAAUCGUGCGGUAAUCAGCUAUCGUUGGAAGUUUACAACAAAACUACGACGACCAACCGAAGGAGGAAUCAACCACCUCCGCGAUCUGCGUCCACACCGGGCGUGCUCAGCUUGGCUGCUGCCGCGGUCAGUCAGAGUGACACGACCGUUUCCUUGCAAGAGCCACCCAGAAGACGAUUUCACAUACCUCAAGUGACGUUCACGUCCGAGAACUUAUCCGGUGACAUGGACUCACAACUGAGAUGGAUUCAUCAACUUCUCACGGCCGAGCAACAGUUCGUGUUGUGUUUGCAAUUUGGUAUCGGGAGGUAUCUGUUGCCAUUAGCCGAACGCAAAGACGUACUCAAAUCUAAAGAACAUGCAGCUCUAUUUCAAAACGUUCAAGAGCUGCUGCGCACUACCGAGGACACCCUGGAGCGUAUAAUCGACAACGACUGGAAAAUGUUGGCACAGAACACGUGCAAGACGUACGUGAAGAAAAUCGAUCAGAUCAAUGGAGCAUAUUACAAAUACUGCAAGGGCAUCAUUCACGCGGAUUGCGUACUUGUAGACAAAAUACGAAAUUCCAAUUUUCUGGAAUUGAUUAAAGACCCGCCCAUACCCGACCGUAGACCGGAUUUGAUCACGUUCAUUCACAAACCACUAGAGCAUUACAGAAACCUAUUAAAAUGCAUGCAACUUAUUCAGAUCAAUACCGAACACGAUGACGAAGGUUUUGAAGCGUUGUCACACAUAGUCCACGAAAUGCAGACGACCUAUCGGAUAAUAACUGUGGAAUCCGGUUUAAUGGAACCGGAAGUGGAUGGGAAGCCUUUACUGUCUCUCAAUGAUUUAGAAGCCCGUCUGGUAUUCACAAGGUGCAAGCCUUUUACGUUGAACACACAGGACCGCCACUGGAUAUUCGCAGGUGACCUAAGCCGCGUAGAAGGGCGAUCCGUCCGAUCGUACUGGGCGCUGUUGUUUUCCGACAUUUUGUUGUUUACCAAAGUCAGCAGAGAUCGCGUGUUAUUUGUCACCGACGAACCUUUGCCGUUAUCCUCAAUUGCUCAAACUCAGUUCUCCGUCAAGAAAAAAGAUACCGAAUUCCGGUUGGUAAUUAACAGUGGGUCGGACACGUCAUCGUGUCACAGCAGUCCGGCCAUGACCGGAUGCAGCCCUCUAUUUGCCGACCUGUCGGGUACUCUUUCAAGACUGCCUAAAAACAAAGGAAGAGUGAUUGUGCUCCGAGCCCCCAAGGCCGAACUGAAAGCUGUGUGGCAAAAUCUCAUUCAGAGACAAAUACUGAUGCUGGACAAAAACGCAUUCGCGCCGGACGGUAAGUGUACGGGACCGUCAUCGUCGGAACCACCGGACUCGCCGGACGAUCUGUUGGCCAACUCGCUGGCCACGCUGGACGACGACGUCUACGCGGACAGGCUAAAGUCGUUUGCCGCGUCGUUGGUGGACGAGAGGUGUCAGCGGAUGACCAAGAGCAGCACGUGCAACAAGGGAAAGGCUCUGCACAUAUCGCAGUGGAUCAAAGGCGAACUCGGCGGCGGCGUAGUCGACAGAGGCAGUUGUGGCCCAGGUGGAGGCGGCAGCAGCGGCGGUAGUGGCUACGAUGACGAUGACUUAGAACUGUGGUCCGCAGAACAGAUGAACGCCAAACGAGAGGAGAUCGAACGUCGAUUGUCGUCGGCGGCAGCGGCCAGGGACGGCGUAGAGGCUAUCAUCGAAUACGCGACUGCGGCGGAAACAGUGUCGGUGGUCAGCAGUCCGGGCGACAGUCAAAGAACGGUAGUACCAGAAAACGGGUGCGACAAGUGUCAGGAAAAGUGCGACAUCAACGGCAACCAACAAACCGACGCUUUCCUCGAUAUGGAUCCUGAUAACAAGUGGAAACCGUCCACGGUGCCCAUGUCUACAGACCUCAGUCCUUGUGAACCUUUCGGCCACAUAAAUAAUCCCAACAACAAUAACGUGAACAAUAAUAUCGGAAAUGAUAACGAUAACGUAUACAAUAACGAGGACGACGAUGACGACGACGACGACGAUGAUUACGACGGACACGAACCAGAUCGUCCCUACGCUUUACUAGCGUCGUCACCACCCCUACAACGUAGUACUCAUCAACAAUAUCAACAACAACAACAACAACAAAUUCGACAGCAACAACGGUUUUUGUCAACGUGCAGCUUGGAUAGAACUGGCACGAAUCGUGACCAUUCGACUGAUAGUCUAGACAGGGUGGAGUAUUGUUCGACCACUGAUUACCGGUGGCCCGAAGAUUUUUGUCCCGUUACAGCUAGCUGCUGUCUACCAACUGAUGAAGACUAUAACUAUGAUGCAUCGAGCGAAGAAUUUUGGGGAACGCCGAACAGUAGUACUACUUCACCAUUAUCCAUUGAAGUGAAUUACCACGAAGAACAGCAAAAUGAAACACUCUUUUUGCCUUCAGCUAUAUCAUCCUCUACGCCUAAUAAGAGACCAGCUCGUUUAGAACCAUUGAUCGAAGAAAUUGAAUCAUCGGACAAUACUCCAUCAUACGAAUUCAAAGAAAUCGUUUACGGAGAAGGUCAGACUCUAUUGAACUUCAAAACUAGACCCGUGGCUGGGUCCAAAGACAAACAUUCUGCAGAAAAAUCUAUCACCAAAAACUUAAGUAGUAAUUAUGGUUUUGCGAAUGCGACAGAUUUAACAUGUUUUGGCGGACGUCCGGUAGAAGCCGACCAAAGAGGACUUGCAGCACCGAAUCUAAAAUGAGCGCAAAUUUCAUUCGGAGACGACGUGUUAAGUCCGAAAAGUCAAAACAGAACAAAGAAAUCAAAGUUAAUCUAAUUGAAAGCGUAUAUUUAUUACUCUUUGGUUAACUGUGUAUCAUAGUAUAAUGUAAUUCUUACUAUAGGAACCUCUUAAUAGUUAAUAGUUGACCAUCGUAGAUAUUUUUAUUGCGUACGAACCUAAACUUUGUCACUUUGAUAUGUUGGUACAUGGCUUGAAACCGAAUCAAAUAUUUUUUUUUUUUCGCAAUAUGGAUUAUUGAUAUUUUAUAAAUUCUUAUAGUUUUCAUGAAAUGUUUAUAUAAUUUUGAUUUUUAUUCUGAAAAUCAAAAGAUAUCAUUCUAAAUUUUUGUUUAAAAUAUCGUUUUAUAUAUAUAUGUGUGUGAUGUGGUUUAUCAGUACAUACCCAAGUAUCGAUAUACCGAUUAAUUCGGAGUCGUAUCAAUCUAUCGAUAUUUAAAACUUAUUUAAAAAUCAGUGGCCUAACGCCUCGCAGUUUUGAACUAAAUUAAAUAUAUUUUAUGUCAAUACAAUACAUUCGUUUAUUAGAUACGAUAUACGUUUUAUACAUACAAAGGUACUUAGGUUGUAUUGCUUAUUUUUUAAUCAAAAUUACAUUAUCAUAUUAUAACUACAAUAAUAAUAUGUGGUUGUGCUAUGCUAAUAGACUGAUUAUUCUUUUUUUGUAUAAUUGUUUUCAUUACAUAUUAUUACGACGACAAUAUCUCAACAUUUUCCACAUUAGUACGUUACAAGUCAUUUUCACUCGUUUUACUUAAAAAAAAAAAACUAUUUUAUUUUUAAAUUCAAUGAUUAACGAACUUAUCUUGACUCUUGAUUCAUUAAAACUUCGUUUGAAUCCAUCAUUAAUAUAUUUACCAUUGCGUUACAAUCAGUGUAUGCUUGUUGUUUGGCUGUAGAGUAUAUUAUUAUAUUAUAUACCUAGGCAAAUAAAAUAACAUUUCAACACGACAAAAAAAAUAACAACUCCUUGAAAUAUAUUAUAUAAUGUAAUUUUAUGAUAUAGAAGUACAAAUGGUACGUGGGAUUUACAUACGUGCAUUUUAGCUAUUCUCUUAACCUCAUUGUUAUUAUUAUUGCUUAACAAAUAUAUUUUUAAAUUAUAAGAUACCUAUUAUUUAAUAAAUAAACUUUCAUACAUAAAUAAAGUGAGUGACGUGAUUCAGGAAUUACAGUACAUAUAUUCUUUUUUGGCAGUUAAUUUAUUUAAACUUGAACAAUUUUAUGAUCAAAUGGUAAUUGAUAAAUUAUAUGUACCAAAUAAAUAGCUAAAUAUUUAAUAAACUUUAAAUUAAAUAAGAACAACCGAAAUUAGAGAUUUUAAUUAUAUUAAAACGAUCUAAUACCUACAAUGCGCAGAAAAAUAAAAAUGUACUUGCUUCAAAAAAAAUGCAUUCAAAUAUUAAAUUUAUAAAUGGUUAUAUACUUAAGUGUAGCUAUGAUCUUAUAGUCUGGUGCAAUUAUGAAUUACGAUCAGUUUAAAUACGUAUCGAUUUUCUUUAAAAAUGUUAUGAUUUUGUCGAAGACUGCUAUUUAUUAAUACAUCUUACACAACACAUAAAACUUAAAGAACUACCCAUUGUGAUCAUAAACAAUCAAAAAUGAUUUUUUAAAUGUUAUUCACUCGUAAACGAUAAUUAUGACUCAAUAUAAGUACUUCAAUUAUAAUUUAUAAUAUAUAUUCAAUUUUCUUAAUGUUUCUUAACCAUUGUCACCUUUCUAGUUACAAAAGCCUUACAUAAGACAUCCAGUUUUAACUAAUUUUAGUUUUAAAUAAUUUUAUGACCAAGUUAUAUGUUAUGAUAAUACGUAAAUGAUCGAUACCGUGACAUUUAACAAUAAAAUAAAUAAAUAAAUUAGAUAAUAACAGAUAGUAUGUACCUAUUGUACCUAAAAACAUUGUAAACAUUUUUAACUUUGAUAAUAUUAUCUUAAGAAUUUUUACUUUUUAAUUUAAUUUCUAUUAAAAAAAAAUUCUAUACAAUUUAAAUAGACAAUGAAUAAUGUAUUAUUUUAUGAAAACUAUACAUUUAUUUCAAAUGCUCAGCUGUUAUUUAUAAUUGUUACAACUUGAAAUAAUUUUUUAUAUGCAUAUUAAAGCGUAUUAUUAUUCCUUAUUUAUAUAGUUUUAAUUUGUUGAUUUGUAAAAUACAAAUUUAAUUAUUAAUAUUAUAUAACUAUACUACUUACUAAGUAACAAAUACUACCUAUCAACAUCUCUGAAAGCGGACAAACUAUUGCAUUUAUAUUUUUAUUUUAAGUGGACAAGAUCAGAGACAUUUUAUUGUUUACGUAUAAAAAAUGUUUUACCUAAAUAUAUUUAUUUACAUUUCUGGAUAGGUAACCUAUUGUAAACCUAUCCAAGAUAAUUGUCAACAUAUUUUCAAUAAAGUUAAAACCUUACCAUAUAAAAUGAGUUGUUAUACAAAAUGAAUAAACAUCAAUAAACAAUUUUAAGAACCUCUUUUUAAUCUAUUAAGUAUAUAUAUUUUUAUUUAUAUUUAAAGAUUUUUAAUUGUAAAAUUCAGAUUGUCUAAGACAGUGAUUCUCAACUGUCGGUUUACUAUAAAAAGGUAAAGGCCCAUAUUGUAUUGAAAAAAUUAUAUUAUAAGCAUUUAAACAUUCAA